CCCUGAGGUCGUUGCCAUGAGAACCUUCUCGACGCACCGGAUGUCAAGCGCGAGGUUGACGUUGUCAGGGUGACGGAAAGAAAAACAGAGGAAGCCGCGCUUGCGGGACCCCGCCCCCUUGACGCAUUUUCCGGCUUCCGGCUUUUCCCUCUAACGGCUGUUCGCUCGAGCGAAGCGCCAAAGUCAAAACGGGCCUCUGCGCAAGGAUAUUCAGCAUACGGCAAAAGGGAUAUUUUUUCAUUACAUGAAGAUUAAAUACCAACGAGAGAAAGUCAAAAGAAAGUUCUCGCUCAGGAAUAUGAGCUCACCAUGAACGAAACUCUUUUCAACCAAACGCUGCAGGUGCAGAUCAAGUGUAAAGACUGCGAGGACAGAAGGGCAAAUAUUAGAGUCUGCAUUGAAUUACAACUGCCAAAAAACCCAAUCCACAAAAAAGACUUGAUAGUACGGUUAACAGAUGACAUAGACCCUUUUUUUUUCUACAAUCUUAUAAUAUCAGAAGAGGAUUUUCAAAGUAUAAAACUUCAGCAGGGCCUCUUGGUAGACUUUUCUUCAUUUCCACAAAAAUUUAUAGACUUGUUACAGCAAUGCAUUUUGGAAGCAGAUAAAGAAAGUCCUAGGUUUCUAUUACAAUUAAUCUCUCCUGUGACUGUGCUAGACCACUCUCCUUCCCACCUAAAUGUUAUCGAGACAAAUGCUUUCAAACACCUCACACAUCUUUCCCUCAAAUUUCUACAUGGCACUGAUGUGGAAAUUAAAAAAUACUUAGCAGAUUGCCUAAAGUGCAUAAAGGAUGAGAAGCUGCUGUUAGAAGAAAAGCUCAGAAAAACGGAGGAUGAUCUAUCAAGGCAGCUUAGCAAUGUGCAACAGAUGUUGUCCGAGAAAAGCAAGGAUCUGGACAGGCUACGAUCAGAGUGGACAUCGCAUAAGUCCUCUCUGUCAAGUUUGCAUUCCCAGGAGCUGAAUUCUGAAAAACAAAAAGCACUUGAGGCACACUCAACAUUUCAGCAGAAUUUGGAGCAGCAGAGGAAAGAGCUGGAAAGCUCUCAUCAGAAGAGCAUGCAACAACUUCAGAUAAAACUGGCAGAGCUGGAGACGGCCAACAAAGAGCUGACAGAGCGGAAAUACAAAUCCGAUUCCAUGAUACGGGACCUCAAGGCAAAACUUGUGGGCUUUGAAGAUGAGUCUCAUCGAGCCAAGCAGGAGGUACUAUCACUGCGAAGGGAGAACUCGACUCUUGACACAGAAUGCCAUGAAAAGGAAAAGUUCAUAAGCCAGCUGCAGACCCGUGUAGCAGUGUUAGAGCAAGAGAUCAAGGACAAGGACCAGCUACUGAGCCGAACCAAGGAAGCCUUGGAAGCAACACAGGGGCAAAAGGUAACCAUUGAGGAAGGUGCGGAGAUAAAACAAGUUCAAAUUGGAAAACUCGAAGCAGCGGUCAAGUCUUUGUCAGGGGAAUUGCUUAAGGCGAAUGAAAUCAUUAACAAACUGCAAGGGGAAAUGAAAAUGCUGGUGAACAAAUUGAAGUUGAAGAAUACUGUGACCAUUCAGCAGGAGAAGCUGCUCUCUGAGAGAGAGGAAAAGUAUCAGAAAGAACACAAGGAUCUACAGGAUACACAACACGUGCUGAGGCUAAAGCAGGAUGAGGUGACUAAACUGCAAGACCAGCUGGAAACCACCACUCAGAAACUUGAAGAAAGCAUGCAGCAACUUAAAAACAGUGAAAAUGUAAUCACGUGGCUUAAUAAGCAGAUGAAUGAAAUCCAGACGGCAAAAAAACAAGACACAGUGGGCAUUUUUGAAUCACCGGUGGGUGCAACAUCUGCUGUGGGCUUCCGAAAUAUGACAGUGGCACCCAAUAUGAUGAUUGAUGCCCGGCCUUUCUCCUUUCCUACAGGAAUGAACUAUCCAAUCACAUCCACUGUCAACUCCAAGCAUUCACUCCAACAAUCGUUUCCUACUGUGCCAAUCAGCCAGCCUUCACUGGCACUCCUCAAUCCUGGCCCUGGACCAAAGGUGCACUACAAUCCUCCAAUGCCCAAGCCCAGUAUAUUAACAGAACCUAAAACAGUGACACCGGCAGAACACCCCCUGCAGGGGUCAUCAAACAAAGAGAAAUUUCCAAAAGUCGACCUUAUUAGAUCCACUGCUGGUGACCACCAAACUCGGACCUCCACAGCAAACCUCCGCCUACUUCCCAGGACAGUAACACAACUCCCCAGAGCUUUCAGCCACUGGCGGCCACAUUCAGAAGGCAGCUAUUAAAAAGAAUGGCUGGCUUCUGGGUAACAGCUGUCAAAACGUAGAAAGUGAGGGGUGGGGGGACCUGCUUGUGUUGUAUGCACUGAUAAAACAAAUGGAAUUGUAAACGCUGAAUGCCUGACAUUUGCUAGACAAAGCGUGCUGCGGCGUGAUCGCGUGUCGUCUUCUAUUGUUGAAUCUGCCCGUUCCACCCGUGCGGAGUCCAUAGCCUUCAGUGGCUCCUUGCGUGUGACCGCGUCGUAUUACAAGCUGAGUGCCAUGUCGUUUUUUCCUUUUGGAUUUUUUGCAGUAUUUUCAGCAGCGUUAGAUUUGGGCCUACAGGUAAGAGUCUGUCGAACCUGAACACACGUCACCCUGAGCAAAGUAUUUGACCGUUUUUUUAAUCCUUGCCUUCUGGGGUUAUCCUUCUCCAGAAGAGUUUGACACGUCUCUCAUUAUUUAUUAUUAUUAUUUUUUAUAGUGAUGUGGCACAGUUUUGACACUCAAGUGUCUUGCCUGCCUGGGUUGUCCCUACAGACACCAGUGAGUUUUCAUACUUCUUUGUCAUAAGUGAAGUCUUUUAUUAAAUUAACAUGUGAGGGGUUCAAAAUAUCACAAUACGUUAAACUUCAGAUAAGUAUUGUGGAUUGACUCCCCUUAAGCCAUCUGAGCAAUGUGAGCCCCCAGGGGUCCUUGUUUGCUUGUUUUUUUUUCCUCCCACCCCCUUGGUGGCGCUGUAGGCACUUCACCCAAUUGUGACCCUCACUGUCGGCAUGAAGCCGCAGGGCCGCCCCACUUUUGCCCAGCACCGAGUUUCUCCUUCAGCCUGUCCCGACGACAGGAAUGGGCAAACCAGAGAAGGACACAAACUGAGCCACUACCUCCAAUGGAUGGCGCACGGUUUCACUUAUUAUCUGCAUAAUCUUUGUAUCCUAAAUUGUCUUGCAGUGUACAAAUUGUAAAGUUUGUAAUCACGAGUGAAAUUUUUUUUCUACUCUCUCCAAGGAUUAACAUGAAUGUAUUGUUCAAAAAUAGAGAUGUAAAUAUUUCAAGAGAUUUAUCCAAAACUGUGUUUAAUUAAACCAAUGCUUUAUAUAUAAAAAA